UCCUAAUUAAUCGUUGUUUGUGUAAAGAGCAUGGUACGAGCAAUUCUUUUUUGUUUUGCCCUACUCGUGGCAUUUUACAACGUAGAAGCAAGAAAACCAGUGGUUUGCUACUACGCAUCAUGGUCAACAUACCGUCCAGGUAGAGGACAAUUCAACGUGGAAAACAUCGAUCCCUUCCUAUGUACCCAUCUCAUUUACGCAUUCUUUGGAGUGAACGACUCUGGCGCAGUGACGAUACUAGAUCCCUGGUUAGAUCUGGAUAGUGGCCGAGGAAAUAUUCGACUCUUUAAUCAACUACGAAACCAGAAUCCUAAUCUCAAAACGCUGGCCGCUAUCGGUGGUGCAACUGUUGAUCGAGUCAUAUUUUCUCAAAUUGCUGCCAGUGCGUCCUUGCGUAGUAUCUUUGCACGAAACGCACGAGACUUUUGUCUCACCCAUGGAUUUGAUGGAGUGGAUCUUGGAUGGGAGUUCCCAGCCAUGCACGACGGUGAUACCGCACCGUAUGAUAAGCGGAAUUUUGUGUUGAUGCUAUCAGAGCUGGCUCUUGCGCUGCGCUCUCACGGUUUGUUGCUAACAGCGGCACUUGCCGCCAGCGAAACAAUUGCUUCCAUUUCGUACGACAUUACCGGUAUAGUGCCACACUUGGAUUUCAUUAAUCUGAUGGCGUACGACUACAACGGAGCGUGGAGCAAUUUCACGGGCCACAAUGCACCGCUCUUUGCCGGGCCUUCCGAUCAGAAUGACUUUCAACGAACACUUAACGUCCAACACAGCAUCAACUAUUGGCUAAGCCAGGGAGCUCCCGCGUCAAAAAUGGUCCUGGGUGUUCCGGCUUACGGGCGUACCUUCACAUUAGCCAACUCUGCUGUUAAUGGAUUACGAGUACCAGCGGAAGGUCCCGGACAUCCCGGACCGUACACAAGCCAAUACGGUUACAUUGCAUACCACGAGGUUUGUGGCUACUUGUCAUCCGCAACUGGUUGGCAUCGUGUAUGGGAACCAAUUCAAAAAAUUCCUUACACCUUCUCCAAUGACCAAUGGAUAGGAUACGACGAUAGGCAAAGCAUAUGGGAAAAGUGUAACUACGCUAACAGUCAACAACUUGCUGGUAUGAUGAUGUGGUCGAUUGAUAUGGAUGAUUUUCGAGGAAACUGUGGCACCAGUUUUACUCUGCUCAAAACUGUCAAUGAAUGCCUAGUGUAAUGUUAGCAUGUUGUGAAAACUUGUCGCAUAAAAAUUCUAUUCAUAGUCAAUAUUUGUUUAAGUCAAGUGAAAAUAAUUGCUUUAGUAAUAAUUAUAAUAUGGUAUUCCUCCAUUUCAUGUGCAAUAGUGUGUAAUACUUAAGCAUUUACUUAGUAUUUCUAUAUUUGCUAGAACAAUCAAAUACACGGUCGUAGAUCUUUUAUAAUUGUA